UCCCGCAUGGUUCUUAGUGAGCAGUAACUCUCAUCUGCUAUUAGACCGGGGAUAUUUCGCAAGCGGAAAGCUUGCAUGCAGUUCUACCGGAGAAUAAGAACCAAUAUUCGAAAAUCAGAAGUCCGUUUCAGAGAGCGCAACGGCUAGCUAUUCCUUCUGUACCCUGUACCCGAAUUUUUAUCUCUUUGAGGCACCCCUUGGCGCAAAAGUAUUUCAGUAUGACCGAGACGCAGUGCCAGCAGCUCGCGCCUCAAGCGAAUCAUACGGGCAGACUACGAUACGCCGACCCCCAGGAUCUCCCCAGUUAUCCAUCUAGUGGCUUGCGCAAAGACGGCGCUGCUGCCAGUGCCGCGGCAACACUUGGUUGGGCGAACCAAAAGUCCGUUAACCCAUGGCGCCCCGAUAAGUCUGCGUCGGCCUCUGCCGCCGCAUUGCUCGCGCACGAUUCUCAUCAGAGGGAGCCCGGUGUAAGCUCCGCAGGGGCUUCGGCCGCUCUUCUCUCUGCUACAUCUGCCAAGAAGCAACAGCAACAGGACGAGCAUCGAGAGCAGGAACAUCUGCAUCGCCAAAGAUCCAUCUCCACCUCUUCCCAACUAUCGGCACAGACGACCUUGGGAAGCUCUGCCGCGAUGCAAGCUUUUAGAUCAAGCCUGUCAGUCCGGCGACCAGCGCGAACGCCCGCUCAACAUGCCUUCGACGCGAACGAAACCCAUGCCCUCGGGUCCUUGUCAGCAGCGAAAAGUGUCAUGGGCCCUUCUAGGCGGCCGCGGUCUGUUUCAACACCCGUCACCAUGGCCGAGGCCUACCCUGCACAGUCCCGGGCAGCAGCCAAUGCGCUCAGCGCUGCCACUACCGCUCAUAAGCCUUCCAUGAAACCCGACUCUUCCAUCGACAGGGGCGGCUCGGUUCCGUAUACGCUUAUGCCCCGGGCCAUGUUUACCUCGCAUCCUGCCAUUGGCCCAGAAGCCGAAGAUCAGAAGAGAGCAGACAUGCUUCACGCGUCAGCCGUCGCCAUGGCCAGAAAGAUGUACUCUCAUCAGCAGAAAAUGACCGACCAGGCAAAGGAGGCUUCUCAGCAGGCCACGUCAGACGCCGAGGGCACGACGACCGUCCAUCAACCCGCGGGUUAUGUAAAUCUACAAGAAGCGGCCUACAAGCUGGCGCAAGAGCGACUCGCCAAGCUCGAAGAAGAGCAUCGGCAAGCCCGCGAGUAUCAAGAUUAUUACGGCGGCACCCCGGCCCGUCGCAAUACCCUCCAGAGACGGUUCACAUUGAAAGGCCGACUGCGAAGACAAUCGUCAGCCGAUGAUGACGAGUUCGAUGAUCGUAAGCAGUCCGAAAGGAUCCGCCAGCAAAUGUCCAUCUUUUCGACGAACGUAUCCAAGGUGGACGAGCAGAAGCGGGCCAAAGACCGGGAGGCAGUGUUGGCGGCAGCACAGAGAAACGUCAGAGCCCGUCUACAAGGCAUGGAUGAGAAGGUCUUUGCCGAUACGGGGAAGUUGCCACCCCCAAAGCGACUGAGCGAGUGGGAGCUGAGAGCUCACGAGGCAGCCAUGGCUCUGCAUGAUUCGAGGGAGGAGCACCAAGGCAAAGUCAACCUCGGUGGUGGCAUGUAUCUGAGCGUUGAGGAUGUGGAUGCCAUUGCCGCGAAGCGGGUGCAGCCUGUCCUCGACGAGAUCAACGAAAAGGCCGCCGAAGAACGCGAAAGACAGGAGGUGUUGAGGAUGGAGGCAGAGGCGAAGAAGAUUGACGACCAAAAACGCAAGGAGCGGGAGAGGGAGAUCAAGGAAAUUAAUAAGAAGAUCAUCGACAAACAAGAAGAACGGGAGAGAAAGUAUCGGGAAAAGGAAGAGCACAAAGCGAAGAAAGAGGAGGAGAAAGCGAAGCGUGAUGAAGAAAGGGCAGCCAAGGCCGAGGAGAAAAGACAAGCCAAGGAAGAGAGGCGCAGAGCUCGGGCGGCUGAGAGGCAGGCUAGGGCGGUGGAUGGCCAACAUGCCGGGGGAGAUGCACUGGACGACACGGACAGCGACGAGAACGACGCCAUGCCGACGAUUCGGCCUCCACCCGUGGUGAACACGGAGGCCGCAGAGCGUGCAAGUGAGCAGCAACUGGCCAGUAGUCCAACCAAGGAAUCCGCAUCCACAUCGCCGACGCAUAAGGUGCGGUCGUGGCUCAAAUCGCGCUUUGGUCGGCCACGGGGGAAGUCGUUGGCCAACGAAGAAGGUUACCAACCAGGUUUCAUCGGAGGCGCGGCGUUGAGCAGCCGUUUAGUUGGCGACGGCGCAAGCACCAGGAGCCUUGACAACCCAGCGCCGAGCAUGCGCGAGGUUGCCAUGGCGGGAGACGACACCACCGGGACUGGGGGACGGCGUAGGUCACGGACCGUGGGAAGCGGACGGUGGCGCGAGUCUCUGUCGAUGGGCAUUCUGAGCAGGAGCAGCAACGCCAACGAGGAUGGUCUCGGGCGAGAUCUUGGCUCUGGGGCGACGAGUGGCGAUGGCGGGGACGAGGAAGAGAGGUCUAUUACGCCGCCCGCGAAGCUGCGGGAUCCGGUGGAGCAACGGGGUGCGAGUCCGAAUCGGGAUUCACGAUUCCGUGAAAUGAUGGACUGAAGCAUUGGAUCCUCAAGAUGGGACAUCACGAGUUGGAUACGGCGGGCAGGCGUUAAGGCCAAUUUCUUCUUGGAUCUGGGAAUCUAAUUCAGCUUGUUGUUGGGUCAAAAUGUCCGUUCUUUCUCCCCCCCUUUACCCUUUACCAACUCAACUCAAUGAACAAACAUCAAGUUUUCGUGGCGAGUUAAAAAAAUAAAAAAUUGGUUGAGGUUUUCGAAUUCCACGGGUUUCUAUCUUGCCGGGGUGGGCAUCGACUGUCGGUAUUAGGACACGGGCAUUGGCACAUGCCCGA